GCUCUGGUCAAUCAUCCUGCUCAAUCUCUGGCGUCAUCCCUGCUCUUGCUGCUACUCUGAGUGUCCGUGCUAUCCCAAUCAGCCUACCAGUUCAGCGAGCCAGCAUGCCAAUGUACUUGCCGUUUUUCAUUGAAGAAUGCGCCAUUUGCGAUGGAAUGAAUGGGUCCGGAAUGGGUCCGGAAUGGGCCAGCUCCCGCACCUGCAUCUGGCUCGCAUAGUGGAUCUCGAAUGCGAUGCUGGCCAACAAACUCUCCGAGAUGAGCCGAUGUCAAAUCUCUGCAUCUCGCCUUCCUGUUUGCUGACUUGCUCCUGCCACGAACCACACCAUGCGGCCGUACGAGCCCAUCCUCAUCCUGGUCGUUGUUGCUCAUCUCCUGGCCAGGCAGGCCUGUGCCGAGGUCCAGACUCUCGACGGCUCGAUGAAUAACCCCAGCAAUCCGCUCUGGGGCGCUGUCAAUACAACGAUGCUCCGGCUCAUGGCUCCUGCCUUCGAGGGCUUGGCUGGCCAGCCUGCAGGAAGCGACAGAGCCAACGCAAGAAAUAUCUCCAACCAGCUGUUCGUCUCCAACCACGCAAGCCUCCUGUCGGCAUGGUCGACACCGUGGCUCUCCGCCUGGGGCAUGUUUGUCGCCCAGGAUAUCGGCGGGAUCUAUCCGAGCUCCAGCUUCUUCAACAUCACGGUUCCCACAGGCGAUGCGUACUUUGACCGUUACGCCUCUGGCACCCAAGUCAUUCCGAUGCGCCGAGCCGUCCUUGGUGCCGCUGACCCUCGCCAGCAGGGCGCUGCCACGCCGCUGAACAGCCGAUCGUCCUUUCUGGACGGCUCGUCGCUCUAUGGGCAGACCACGGCAGAACUGAGCGCCAUUCGAGCCGGAACCGGCGGCCUACUCAUCACAGACAAUCACCCUGUGGCCGGGAUCAUCCCACCGAUUAACGCAACCUCGGGGUUGCUCCAGUUCUCUCGAGCAGCCCUAAAUGUUGCCCCACACUCGGUCCUGGUUCAUCUAGCACUCUGGCGUGAGCACAACCGCUUUGCGCGCACUCUCAACCAGAGCUGGUCGGAUGAAGAGCUCUUUCAGUAUACCCGACGCUAUAUAAUCGCCCUGAUCCAGCAAAUCACCUAUUCGCAGUAUCUCCCUCCGCUCCUCGGCUACGGCCUUCCAGCCUACUCCGGAUACAACAGCUCGGUCAAUCCCAACGUCGAUGUAUAUUUCAUCGCGGCCGCGUUUCGCUAUGGUCACUCGCUGAUCAAUGACGCGCUGCUGAAUGUGAAUGCUGAUAACCAAAUAGUCGGUCUGCUGGAGAUUAGCAGCACAUUCUUCAGCAUCCAGUGGUUACUGGAUUCCGGACCCGAGGGAUACAUUCGGGGAAUGAUCACCCAGUCCGAGAAGCUUGCCAAUGCCAAGUAUGCCAAUGCCCUGCGCAACAGCUUGCCACUCAGCGGCAACCAAGGCUACGAUCUCGCUGCUAUUGACAUCCAACGGGGCAGGGAAUUCGGGCUGCCCGACUACAAUACCGCGAGACAGUACUUUGAUCUGGCACCAGCGAGCUCGUUUGAGAGCAUGGGCAACAACAACUCGGCCACCGCCGCGUUACUGGCAUCACUCUUUCCGAGCGUGAACAGCGUUGAUGCGGUUGUUGGUGGGCUGCUCGAAGCAACGUAUGAUGGCGGUGCCAUUGGCGCUCUCUCCAAGGCAUCCAUCCUGGACCAGUUCACAAGACUCAGAUCAGGCGAUCGCUUCUUCUACUUGAACCCCGGUGUUCUCGAUGCCUUCCAAGCCUCGCAGGUUCAAGGAAUGAGUCUUGGGACGCUGCUCCAACUCAACUUCAAUCUAACAAACGUGCCAUACAAUCCAUGUGUUCUUUCCCCGAGCUCAAUCGAUGCGGUUAUGGACCUUGACAGCACGAAAAAAAGCACGAUAUACCUGACCCCGCAGUUUGCUUUGCAGUGGAUCGUCAUGAACAAUGAAUCCAUCACGUUCACGAUGAAUUAUUCUGGAGGCGGAUGGUUUGCCUUUGGUCUUGGGAGCACCAUGAGCGGAGCCGACAUAUAUUAUGCCACCUAUCUAAAUGGAUCUCUCACGGUCGUCGAUGCCGUCGCCAAGGACUUUGGCAUGCCUGUUCCGGAUACGCAAGUCGGUGGAUACAACAACAUCUACAACGUCACUACAGCGAUAGGAGGCUCGAUGGCGUCUGUGACAUUUACACGACCUCUCCUCACCAACGAUACACUCAACGACGUGAACAUCACAUCCAGAAACAUGCCAGUCAUCUUUGCAUAUUCGAGUGCCACGGCUCCCUCCUACCAUGGACCCAACAGGGGAUAUGCCCUCAUCAACUUUUUGAACACCUCGCUCGAUAUCGAUGUGUGCGAUAGCGAGGAUGAUGAUGAUUCAACUUCCAAGUCGCUUCUCAUCAUUCAUGGAGCCGUCAUGGCUGUGGCCUUUGGAUUUAUGUAUCCCAUUGGAAUUAUCAUUGUCAAAUAUGACCCAAACAUUAGCCGAGGCAUCAGGGUUCAUAGAGAAACUAUGGAGCUCGUCUCUUCAUUUACCCUCCACACCGCGAUCAUAGCCAUCGCCGGCUCAUUCUCAGGAGGAGACAUGAACACCCAUGUAAUCUUGGGCUUCACUAUUGCGGGACUUAUCGUCGUUGUCCAAGUUUUGGGCGCCUUUGUUGUUCAUACCAAAAAGUAUGCCGCCAUGAUCAAAUACUCGGCCUGGAUUCGGUUGAUCCACCGAUACUCUGGCGCAAUCACAUACACGAUGGGAGCGGUCAACUGCGUGUUUGGAAUUCAGCUACUAUGGGAAGACCUAGGCAUCCCACAUCUUGGCUUUGUUGCGUGGAUAUUCGUUGGAUGGAUGAUUCUUGUGACUCUUGUCAUCAUUGGUGGCUCGCGCUUGUUUAGAUUCCACAAUCGCGGAGGCUGCCCCCCGUCAUUUGAUCCUAACAAAUGGAGUGCUCUUCCGGUGUUGACCUGGAACGAGUUCCAUCAAAAAAUCGGAAAGGGUGAGAAGUGGCUCGUGGUCGAGGACAUCAUAUACGACAUCAAGGCUAUCGAAACAACACAUCCUGGUGGACAACAAGUAUUGUACUUUUACCUCGGAAUGGAUGCCACCGAUCCUUACUCUGGAAAGAAGACGCACCCCGACAUCCCUGCCCUUCCUGCACAUAAUCACUCCAAGCUGGCGAAGGUGGUGCUGUACGAGGCCGCCGUCGGACGUAUCGUGGCGAAAAAGGAGCCCGCAAGCUCGAGAUCAUUAUCGACAACCAAGACCGAUCUUGAAAAGGACUUUGGAAAACCGGGGUUGGGCCUAUCGAUAUGGCAGUACAACCAUUUUUCCAUCACCGGCAACGAGCUUGUCACGGGAGAAGGCGCAAAGAACCCCGUCUACCGCAUUACGGUGGCGCUGGAAUCUUCGAACGAGGAAGCUCGGUUCCUACCCUAUCAGUACGUCUGGCUCCAAUUCGUUACGGACCAGGGCCAGGUUGUGACGCGGGCAUACACGCCAGUGAAGGUUGUCAACACAGGCCGGAUUUCAUUCUACAUCAAGUUUUAUUCGGACGGAAAGAUGUCCAACUAUCUGAGCACCGCAAAAUAUGUUCGUAUGCGUGGCCCCAUCGACGAUCUCAAGCUUGUUCGGUUAAUGUGCCCCGGGGCGGCCCAUGGCUGUUUCGAGCAGCUUGCCUUGAUUGCUGGCGGAUCUGGGUUGACACCCAUGCUGCUGCUGGCCGACUACUACUUUCACACGGCGCCACGGCGUCCAGAUGGAAAGUUUGUGGUUCCCAUCAAGCUCUUCCACAUCAACUCCUCCCAAGCAGACGCCUUUGCCGACGAAGAACUCAAUCAUCUCGAGCGAGUCUCCAACGGCAUGAUCCAAUGCUUUCGUCUGUAUCGCUCUUCGAGCAGCGCCACACACGCCGAGCAUGUGUCACACGUUAUGGCGGAGGUUCUUCGCCACCUUCCUCCUCCCCCAAAGGAAAGCGAGCAAAAAGUGAUUCGCAAGCUCGAAAAGACCAAGAGGGUGAUAAUUCCAAGGGAGAAGAAAAGCCCAUCUCGAACCGCCAUGGAUCUCGCCCAGAGUGUCAAGAAGCUAUGGAUCCAGGCCGAGCCAAAGGACAUGUCCCGCUCACCGAGUACAGAGCCGCCGACUGAAACUGGCCUUGAACCAAGACAGGCCCACAUUGUCGGAACAAGGAUUGUUGUGUGCGGUCCACCAUCGAUGAACGAGUCUAUCGCCACGGAGCUGGAGGAAGCCGGGUACAUUGAUGAAAUGGUGAUUGUGCUCUGACCGUGUCUAGAAGCGCUUGGCUGUGACAUCCUGUCUCCUUGGACGCGCAAUAUAGUCCUUCUGUUGCUUCCAGCUCGAUGGCGGGGCGCCCACCACGUCUCCAGCCG